AAGCCAAGCCCGAUAACACCAGUACUGAUAAGAAUAACAACAUAAUUGGUAUUCGAAUUUAAUUCCAUUUAUUUAAAUGCUAUAAACACAAUGGCAGAAGCGGCAAAUGUGCGCCAGAACCUUCAAAAUGUGCCGUCGAUCUUCGAAAUUUCAGCGUCAGAGACGCUGGACAACCUGAUUUACCCGGCACUGAGCAAGAUAUUCGACUACUUUGGACUACGCCUGGACUUUAAACUAUGGGGGAGUUUGAGGAUUCAGGAGGAGCUGUCGCCAUUGCUGACUUGGCUGCUGCAGUACCUGUAUCUGCGCAAGAGGGCCUCCUCUUUCGGUGAGAGCUUUUACGGAUUGCAAAGGACGGUCACAACCACUGGGGAUCUGCUGAACCGCAGGCAGCAGUUCGCCUCUGCCACACUGCUAACCUUCAUGCCUUACGUGGAGCGGAAGCUAAGGACCAGGAUCACCAGGCACGAGGACACCAGUCCCUGGGAGCAACGCCUUCUAAGCGCAUUCCAUGCUUUCCAUGCCGCCAAGGCGGCGCACACAUUCUUUUACCUCGUAAAGUACGCCUCAAACCACUCGCCCAUCUUCAGAUUGUUGGGGCUGACCCUUCGCUAUCCCAGCGAACCUCCCAAAGAGGAUCAGUGGACCUACGUGGUCCUAAAGAUGCUGGAGGUCUUGGCCUUCUUCCUGCAGUUCGUCCAGUGGUGGUACUCCAACGACCAGCGGCGGAAAGUGGGUGGAACUCUGAUAAAUCCCGAAGCGAUGCCGAGAAAGCAGCUGCCCAAGGAAGUGCAGCAGAGCCUUCCCCAGCGGGGAGAGUGCCCAGUCUGCCUGCUGUCCAUCCAGACGCCCACUGCCUGCUCCGUUUCCGGCUACGUCUUUUGCUGGAAGUGCAUCGUUAGCCACAUGAAGGAGCACGGCACCUGCCCGGUCACCCACUAUCCCAUCAGUCUGGACGACCUGGUGCGCAUCUACGAGACGUAACGUUAAGCAUUCCUUUUAUGUUUUUUGCUUGUUUUUGUUUAAUACAUUUUAUAAGGAAUUGGGAACUGUUUACAUCUCGCUGAGGAAGAAACCCAAACGUUGGUCGUAACAUAUGUAGACGUGGUAGAAGUCAAAGUAGACCGUGCAUAGAUAGAUAAAGAAGCACUCACAGGAGAUGAACUCGCCCAUACCGAAUACGGAGUAGGCUGCAGAGGAUCCGGGGAUUAGAAUUGUAGACAUCCUUCCAUUCGGUUAGGUUCUACUCACCCAAGGGAAAGCAAAACUUCUGGUGUAUAAAGUAAAAAAUCCACAUGACCACCACCCAGACGUAGUAGGUGAGCACCAGACCGCUCUUCAACCGCAAGGAGAAUUCCUCAUGCAGCUGCCCAAUCCUAUCGCUCAUAUAGUACUUGGCGCACACAAAGGAACCUGCCAUGUAAAUGGCACACGAUACGAAUAGCGACAAGGCGAUGGUUAUGUGCAGCAAUGAGUCGCCAUCCUCUUGGGGGAAGGUGCCCCAUAGCAGUACGCUGGAACUACUGACAGCCAUAAUGAUGGCCAUCAGGCAGCCGAAACCUCGGACCGGCCUGCGCAGAUUCCUCCGAUAGAAUCGGAACUGCAGCCAUGCACUGGCAAUGAGAAAUGGGAACUCCAGGUAGCAAGCCAGAGCCCACACUUUGUGCUGAGACUUGGCAGCCGCCGAUGUGGAGGGAAAGAUGUUGAAGGCAUUACAGGUGGUAUACGUGGUGGACUGGAAGUCCGUGGUGAUGGCCAUCACCAGGUUGUACACCAUGCAGACGGGCAAUUGCAGAAGCCCCAGUGCGAGAAUCGGACCAACUGGGAUGCGGAAAUGCCGCCUCGCCUGCAAAUCCUUGAUGGAGCUGGGCAACAGCUUGGCUUGAUCCUCCACAAAGUGCAGCAUUUAAGAGCAGGUUAAUCCUAGGACAAGUCGGUCAGACAAUCUUACACUUUCUGUUAUCCCUCCAGACAAAGUGAGGCACUCGAACAAUGACACAUAAAACUAAGACAGUUCAAUCUCAAUAAUUCUUAAAUUUGGUUGGUAUUAAAUAUUAGGAGUUGAUUAAAAGUACACCAAACAAUUGGAAGCAAUUAAAAAGUU